AUGGCGGUCGCAGAUGACGCUCGGGUCCUCUCAGAAGUGCCAGUCCUGGUACAUGCAAUAGCAACCCUGAUCAAGUGCAUCGCCUUCUACGUGGCAAUGUGCGGACUGAGAGUACUUGUUGUCGAGGUGCUAAAACUGGAUCUCGGACCUGCUGUCAAGACUAUGGUGGAGAGCUCCCAAGCCCAUCUCAAAGCACCAACAUUCCAGGCGCAAGGAGGAAACUGGUUAAGCGAAGAUCUGGGACAGGAGAAGCGGGAAGUUUGA